UGGCACUGAAGAUGUUUUGGGUGUUUUAGUGUUCAGAAGGACUCAUGAGCUUUGUAUAUAAACAGCUCUCAGGAUAAACAAGAAUCAUCAGAGGAUCUCCUCUUUAAGCUUACCAUCAGACGACAGUCAUUCAAAUCUUCUGGCUUUGAAAAUGACAACAACUCUGCAUUUAAUCGGUGGUCAUGGUGGUCAUGAGUUUUCCUUCACCGGUAAGAGUAAUGGUGCCAGUUUACAGAGAAUCUGGGUUUGGGUUGGAGGAUCACAGGUGAAGGCGGUCAGGGCCUGGCUUACAGACGGAAGAGACGAAACCUUUGGUAUUCCAUCCGGAUCGCAUUAUGAGUAUAUGUUUCAGCCCGGUGAACUCAUUACCACAAUGUCUCUGUGGGGAAACGGAGCAGGAACGCGUCUCGGAGCCAUCAAAUUCAAAACCAACCGUGGGGGAGAAUUCUUUGCAAAAAUGACAAGCUGGGGAUUGAAGACAGAAUAUCCUAUUAAUGUCGGCUCUGGAUUUUGUCUUGGUAUUGUGGGAAGAUGUGGAGAAGACAUCGACAAGAUGGGUUUUUUGUUUCUCAAUGAAAUACAAUCAGUAGUUCUCACCGAUGUCAAGUAUCCCACUCUCUCCCUGGUGACACCAUAUGUUGCAUUGGAAGGAAUCAAAUCUAGUACCUAUAAGAAUGAAACCUCCGUCAAUCAAGAGCAAACCAUUGAAAGCUCAAAGAAAAUAAUCAAAUCAUCCUCGUGGUCUACAAAAGUAAGCAUUGCCCUUGCAGUCUCUAUGAAGGUAAAGGCCGGGAUUCCAGAGAUUGCAGAAGGUUCUGCUGGAUACACUUUUUCACUGGGAUUAGAAAGCACUUUCAGUAGAGAAGAGACAUUUGAAAGAUCUGAAACUGUAUCAUUUAAAAUAGAUGUGCCACCGAAGAAGAAAGUGGAUGUCCAUAUUACCAUUGGCCGGUGCAUUUUUGAUCUUCCUUACACCGGAACCAUCAAGGUCACGACUGAGGAUGGUGCAGUGUUAAAUUAUGAAACCAGAGGACAAUACAGAGGAGUCACUUACACUAGUAUAAAAGUUGACACCAAAGAAUCUGAUCUGUGAUAUCAAGACCACAUACAUAAAUGUAUUUCUUCAUUUGAUUAUUAAUCUUUCUACAUUUAAUUAUCAGGUGUUUGAUUAAAGUUAAAAUUACUAAAGUUUUCUACUUUAGAUGGAAUAAAUCACCAUUAUAAACAUUUAAUGCUUUACCAUAAGUGAUUUCUUUAUUUAAGAUGAUAAUUAACUUUACUGUUAAUGAGCUGUGUAUUAUGAAAGCCUCACAUUAAUAAAGUUCAGUUGCUUGCUU